UAUUAGUUUUGGAAAUUUCCAAACGCUGAAUUACAGGAUUGUUGGUUGGUGUCGCGGCGGCGGGUAAGAGAGUGUGGGUUUAGGGUUUUAGCGAUGGCGUCUCGACCAGAGCGGGUGGCACCACCUGAGAUAUUCUACGAUGAUACCGAAGCUCGCAAGUAUACUUCUUCUUCCCGUAUUAUCGAUAUUCAGGCCUCACUCUCAGAACGAGCAUUGGAGCUACUUGCUUUACCUGAAGACGGUGUUCCCAAACUACUCCUUGACAUUGGUUGUGGAUCCGGACUCAGUGGUGAGACACUCUCUGAGGAAGGUCAUCAUUGGAUUGGUCUCGACAUUUCACCCUCAAUGCUUAGUAUGUUUUCAUUUUCCCCUACUGUUCGCUCUCUAAGGCCGUUUUUGGAUAAACAUAACUUAAUUUUCAGCUUAUGGCAUAAGUCCUUAUACAUUGCAUUGGAGCGAGAGGUUGAGGGUGAUCUUUUACUCAGUGACAUGGGUCAGGGUUUAGGGCUUCGUCCUGGAGUUAUUGAUGGGGCCAUCAGUAUAUCUGCUGUUCAGUGGUUAUGUAAUGCUGAUAGAUCUUCUCACAACCCUCGGUUAAGAUUGAAGGCUUUCUUUACAUCUUUAUACAGAUGUUUGGCCAAUGGCGCUAAAGCAGUUUUUCAAGUGUAUCCUGAAAAUGUAGACCAGCGUGAAUUGAUUUUGAAUGCUGCAAUGCAUGCUGGAUUUUCUGGUGGCAUAGUGGUGGAUUUUCCACACAGUUCUAAGAAGAGAAAAGAGUUUCUUGUUCUCGGAUGUGGUCAACUAUCAACGAAAGCAUCCUUGUCCAAAGGUAAAAUUGAAGAUGAAGAGAAGUUAUCUGAUGAAGAGAGUGAAGAUGAAGAAAAUCAGACAGUACGUUUGUCAGACAGGCAUAGACCCGUUAAGAAGCAGAGAAAGAAUAAUAAGAGCGGCAAGGGAAAGGAAUGGAUACUGAGGAAGAAGGAUCAAAUGAGAAGAAGAGGAAACGAUGUCCCUCUAGAUACCAAGUACACAGGUCGGAAACGAAAGGGCCGCUUUUGACAGUGUUUGGCUUUUGCCUCAGAGUGUUGCAUAUUUAUUUUGCAUAUUAUUAGGUCUUUGAAGUAUGUACGUGUUUUUUUAAAUAUAGAUCCUAAAAUCUCAGUUUUGAUCGAAUUGGUUCCUACAUGUGCACUUAAAUAGUAUGCUUGGUCCAAUUCAAGAAUACAAGUAGGUUUUUUUUUUUUUGGAUAUUUAUAGACGUCUCCGUUGCUGUACUUGUCAGGUUUGAGAUUUAUAAAUUUCAGGAGUUAUCGUGUUUCUUUUUGUGAUUA